CCCAACUCCACCUCUAAGCACAACACCGCCUCCACACCACCUAACCAUCUCAACAAGCAACUAGCAGUUGUCCUGCAUCCAGCAAAGUAUGCUAGAUCCAUUUGCUUUACAUCAAGAAACCAGAUCUAAAAAGCGAUCCCAGAUCGAUUUGCCUUGUCAUUGUGACACCAAACAAUCGCACACGAUCCCCAUCAACACUGUCUGCUGUCCACGCAAACCGAACCGUCUCGCAAACACAAACCCCAAAGGCAACGCCAGAACAGACGUAUAAAGAACUGCUUCUUCUUCUUGUCCUGCAAUUCACAUCCCACAACCUGUGUUCCAGAACCACAACCACAACAGUAUCACCAGACGAACUUCCAAACACCCUUACCAAAAACAACCACAAUGGACGAUUACGACAUCCCAAUUUUUCUCCUGCUUUUCCUCCUCUCCGAACUCACAACCUGCUAUCUCCUCCCCUACCUCCGCACCCAGCUACGGCGCCCCCCAGCACCAUCAGCACCACCACACCAACGCCAGCAGCCACACCCGCACCAGCAACCACCCCUGCACCCCCGACUAAACCAGCGGCUGCUCGACCCCAUCAUCAACCGCCCCAACAUCCCCUUCUUGCACAACCUCUGGACCGCAGAAGAGGCAUUAGAGAUCCGGCUCCUCGCAACCGAGCGACUAGCCGCGUUCAACAUCGUGUUCGCGCCGGAGGCGGACAUGCCGCUGCUAUGGGACGAGGAGCUGUACGGAGACCUUGGAGAAGAGUGGGAGAGGCCUGGGUGGGCAUUUGGGUUGCUGGACCCGGCGCUGCUGAGGGGCGGUAUGUAUCGCCGGCGAGCGGCGUAUGCGCCGCGUUAUUAUCCAGCGUUGGCACGGCAACCCCCGCCUCCGCCUCCGCCGCCCAUGCCGGGGGUCGCAAAUGAUUUAGCGCGGGAUAGGGAAAUUGGUGAAUGGUCACUGCCGUAG